UUUCUCUAUCUUCUAUUUUACGCGGCGAAUCUACUUCCGCCUGGAUUACGAUUCCUGACAGGAAAGUUUUCGAUUGGAUGAGAAAGGAAAAUAAUCGAGAGAAAAUAUUUAUCGAAAAUGUUGGACAAUAUUCCCUGAUGCCGGUGUGAGUCUCUACGGCAGAAGGGAGGAGGCGCAGGCUCCCGCGGGGAGGCGCGGGGGUGGCGGUGGCGUCGCAGGCGGAGGGAGAGACGGUGGAGCGGACCGGAACCGGAAAUGGCUGCGAGGUGGCUCCUGCUGGCGCUCCUCGCCGCCCACGCCGCGGCUCUUCCUGAUAUCAUUAGGAUAGGUGGGCUGUUUCAUCCGUCGGACGACAAGCAAGAAGUGGCCUUUCGUUAUGCCGUGGAAAAGAUCAACGCCAACCGGGAUAUCCUGCCCAAGUCCCGUCUCAGCGCCCAGAUUGAGCAGAUAAAACCGCAGGACAGUUUCCACGCUUCGAAGCGAGUGUGCCACUUGCUGCGAAGCGGGGUGGCGGCGAUUUUUGGGCCGCAGAGCGCGCACACCGCCUCCCACGUGCAGAGCAUUUGCGACACCAUGGAGAUUCCGCAUCUGGAGACACGUUGGGACUACCGGCUCAGACGGCAGAGCUGUCUCGUCAACCUCUACCCGCACCCCACCACCCUCUCCAAGGCGUACGUUGAUCUGGUGAAAGCCUGGGGCUGGAAGAGCUUUACCAUCAUCUACGAGAAUAACGAAGGGCUGGUGCGUUUGCAGGAGUUACUGAAGGCACACGGACCCAGUGAAUUUCCUAUUACGGUCAGGCAGCUCAGCGAGGGCUCUGAAUAUCGGCCGCUGCUGAAGCAGAUAAAGAACUCGGCCGAGUCGCACAUUGUACUGGAUUGCUCCACGGAGAGGAUUUACGACGUGUUGAAGCAGGCGCAGCAAAUAGGGAUGAUGAGCGACUAUCACAGCUACCUCAUCACCUCUCUGGAUCUACACAGCGUCGAUCUCGAGGAAUUCAAGCACGGCGGGACCAAUAUCACUGCCUUUCGAUUAGUGGACCCGGAGAAACAGGAUAUACAAAAAGUCGUGCAAGAUUGGAUCUACGGGGAGAAGCGUUAUAAUCGUGAGCUCGAUAUGGGGCAGAGCUCCAACAAGAACAACCUCACCUGCAUAAAGACUGAAACAUCGUUAAUGUACGACGCUGUGCACCUAUUCGCGAAAGCAUUGCACGAUUUGGAUACGUCCCAGCAAAUCGACAUCAAGCCACUCUCCUGCGAGUCGACCGAUACCUGGCCUCACGGAUAUUCGCUCAUCAAUUAUAUGAAAAUCGUUGAAAUGACAGGGUUGACAGGGACUAUCAAAUUCGAUCAUCAGGGAUUCCGAUCAGAUUUUAUUCUCGACAUCAUCGAGCUGAACAACAAAGAGGGGUUGAAGAAGAUAGGGACCUGGAACAGCACGAAGGGAAUAAAUUUUACGAGGAGUUACAAGGAGGAGUACACUCAAAUCGUGGAGAAUCUUCAAAAUAAGACUUUUAUCGUAACGACUAUACUGAGCGCCCCAUACUGCAUGAGGAAAGUUUCGAGCAACAAGCUGGUCGGAAACGCACAGUUCGAGGGAUACAGCGUCGACUUGAUUUACGAGAUAUCGAAGAUCCUCGGCUUCAAUUACACGUUCCGGCUGGUGCCGGACGAACGUUACGGAUCCUACAACAAAAAGACGAAAGAGUGGGACGGUAUGAUGAAAGAACUGUUGGAUCAGAAGGCGGAUCUAGCGAUCGCGGAUCUGACCAUCACGUACGAUCGGGAACAGGCGGUCGACUUCACCAUGCCGUUCAUGAAUCUGGGGAUCAGCAUACUGUAUCGUAAGCCUAUAAAGCAGCCACCGAAUCUCUUCUCAUUCCUCAGCCCGCUCAGCCUCGAUGUUUGGAUUUAUAUGGCGACAGCUUAUCUAGGCGUAUCCGUGCUGCUCUUCAUACUAGCCAGGUUCAGCCCCUACGAGUGGGAGAAUCCCCAUCCGUGCAACGGACAAUCCGAGGUCCUCGAGAACGAGUUCACCCUGAUGAACUCGCUCUGGUUCACCAUAGGCUCGCUCAUGCAGCAAGGCUCUGAUAUAGCGCCGAAGGCCGUGUCAACGCGGAUAGUGGCAGGCAUGUGGUGGUUCUUCACUUUGAUCAUGAUUUCUUCGUACACUGCCAACUUGGCCGCGUUCCUCACCGUCGAGAGGAUGGAUUCGCCGAUCGAGAGCGCCGAGGAUCUUGCAAAGCAGACGAAAAUCAAAUACGGAGCUCUCAAAGGAGGCAGCACCGCGGCCUUUUUCAGGGAUUCCAAUUUCUCGACGUACCAGCGCAUGUGGUCCUUCAUGGAUUCGGCAAAGCCGUCGGUAUUUACAACGAGCAACGUCGAGGGUAUGGAACGAGUGAUCAAGGGUAAAGGCAGUUACGCGUUCCUAAUGGAAUCCACCUCCAUCGAAUACGUAAUCGAGAGAAACUGUGAUCUUACCCAAAUCGGUGGCCUCUUGGACUCGAAGGGAUACGGGAUAGCCAUGCCCCCGAAUUCACCGUACAGAACGGCCAUAAGCGGAGCCAUACUGAAGCUGCAGGAAGAGGGGAAGUUACAUUUGCUGAAGACUCGGUGGUGGAAGGAGAAACGUGGCGGAGGAUCUUGUAGGGACGAUAUCUCGAAGAGCAGCUCGACGGCGAACGAGCUGGGAUUGGCGAACGUCGGCGGCGUGUUCGUGGUGCUGAUGGGCGGUAUGGGGAUCGCUUGCGUGAUCGCGGUAUGCGAGUUCGUCUGGAAAAGCCGGAAGGUCGCCAUCGAGGAACGGGUGAGUGAGGUCAGAUAGCACGUCGAAGAGGGCGUGAUCGCGCCUGAAGUAACGUCGUCUAACACGCACCUCGAUCCCGACGCGAUCUACCCAGACAUGCCGCGCGAAUACAUCAGUUGAUGUUCGCGCGAUGGUGGAGUUCCUCUUUAAUGGUCACGGUGCACCCACAAAACCACUCGGGUCUGAUCCGUCUUUCUCGCUCGCGUUGAGUACGCGUGUCUCACGAUGGGAGGGAUGGGAGGGAGAGGAAGAAAAUCGAGCAGGAUUUUCCGCGAAAAGGUGUUUCUUAUUGGAAUUCGGCUCGUAAUUCGGUUGCGGGUUAAUUCGCGUUUCCGUCCUCCGUUCUUCGUCAUCUCGUGAAUAUGAAAGAAAUGUAGAAAGGAGGGAUAUCGGGAGGGAAAAUUUUUUCCAAGUAUUUCCAAAUUUGUUCCAGAGUAAUUCCAAGUUUUCGAUCAUGUUUGUAUAUAUGUAUAUAUAUAUAUUUUUUCAUUUUUUUCUUCUUAUCGAGGAAUAUACGGAAUGAUAUGAUCAGAUAAUGGUGUUGUUCAAUUCGAGUCCGAGAGGUAGUUGAACGGUUGGAAUUGGAUAUUCGAGUUACGAUUCGAGGAAAUGGAAAUUGAAGGGUAGAAAUGGGGUUACGCGGAGUGUAUUUUAUGGUUACGAAAUGAAAAUGCAAUUCGUGUGUGAUAAAUAGGUAUCGAAGAUUUCGAUUAUAACGGUGUCCGUGAUAUUUCAAUGGGCGAUUGUUAUUGGCUAAAUGAAUUACGUGUAACGAAAAUUGUGAGAACGUAUAAUGAUCGCAGCGAUCUGAGGGCGCUUGAGAAUUUUAUUAUUUCCCGUGAAAUAAAGAGGAAAUUCGUGUACAAGCAAUAAAAUUCGAAUAAAUAUAAAAUAUGUACAAUUUAACUGUAAACACUGUAAACUCUCCUUUUGCGAAAGCAAAAGUAAAAAAGACCAUUGGUGUUAAUUUAUUGUAAAAUAAUAAAGAUUAAAAAUAUAUAUAUAUAUAUCUCGUCUCAUCCAUAUUCAACUUUACCAAUGAAUAUCGCAUUUUCCAAUCUCGAUUUUCUCAAAAACUAAAACUCGUAUAAAAAAACUUCGUUCAAUUUUUUUCAAUUUAUUCCUAAAAAAAAAAAAAAAUCCCAUCGUGUCUAUUUUCACACGUCAUUCACAAUCGCGCAUUCCCGUGCAUCUUGUUCCUCAAUUACGACGAAAUAGAAUUCGAAUCGAUAGAUUGAAAAGGCAGGAAAAAUUCCACGGGAUGAUGAAAUUAAGACACGGUUUCGUAGAAACUCGAGCGCGAAAACCUGGUACGGAAUCUCGCGUGUCUACAAUAUGUAUUCGAGCUGCCGUUUGCGUACGUUCAAGCGGUAGGCAAACAGGCAAGUAUUUGAGAAGGACUCGUCCACAAAUACGGAUAUGCAGGUUUGCGCCGGUGACCUCGUGUACUCGUAAGCAAACAAUUCCAUCAGCCGGCAAACGUCUGGUAUUGCUGUACUCCUUUGGAGCCCGCGCUACUUCAGAGUAGUGGCAGCAGAGUAGUAGCCGCGAUACUUUAACCCCGAAUCCCUGCUAAUAGAAAAGGGCGCGAACGCGAGUCGAGGAUAUUAGUUGGUCUCUUUGUCGAUCGCCUAUCUAUAUUAUAUUUCUAUUGUUAAUAACUUUUGAAUAAUAUUCAGUUUUUGUUUAUUAGACAGAUCGAUCCAUCGUAGCCAUCCUUUUUCAAAUUCAUUUUUCCUCCUCCCAGAGGGAAGGCAAUGUUUCGACGCGACUUAAUCGAUUAGAUAUCACCUGAGAACGCAAUCUUACCCGAGUAUUUUCGUGUUCUGUUUUAGAAGCAGAAAUCCUCGGGGAAACCGAUCUGCGAAGCUUUUACCGAUCUACACUAGCGGACGAACUUGUAGGGAUACGUUUGAUUUGAACCAAAAUAACAAACGAAAAAAUAUAUAUAUAUUAAAAAAGAAAGAGAGUGAGAAACGAAACGAUAGAAAAAGAAACUGGCAAAACUGAUUCCUAUGCCCGAGAAAAGCGUAUCUGACCCGACGGACCUAAGGAGGAACUCCACCACAAGUGAUCGAGAAAAUUGUGUGAGAACUGACAGAAACAAACUGUAAGAAAAGUUAAAACGAAACGAAAUAAUCAAAAAAAAAAAAAACGAAAAAACAAAAAAAAAAGAAGGAGCAACGAUCCUCGACCUUUCCAGUUUUUUUCUCUUAUCCCCCUCCCAUCUCGAAAAUCUCGACAAUCUUAUCGAUGGAACACUGGCCAAUCGAUAUAUAUUAUCGGAUAACGUACGGUGUCGUUGGAAUUUCAUUAAGCAGAGAGAAAGAGAGAGAGAGAGAGAGAGAGAGAGAGAGAGAGAGAGAGAGAGAGAGAGGAUGAAGGAGGAAUGAGAUGAAAAAGAUGAGGAAGAAAAAAAAAGAGAACGGAAAGAAGAAGAAAGAGAAGAGAGUUCGAAAGGAACGUUUGAUUUGGAAAAAAAAAAAGAACAAAAAAGAAAGAUCGUUUUCUUUUCGUCCGCAACCUCCCCUAAUUAACGAUGGUGAAAUGGUGCAGAUAUUGAAAUUGGAAAGGUCAACGCGUUUGCCAUUUGCUCAUAUCAAACCUUUUUAGAUUAAUUGACGACCGACUUGAAGCCUCGCAGCGAGAUGGAAAUGAUAUCUCGGACGGAUUGUUGAAUGAACGGGCAAAAAAGAAAGAAAAGGAUAGGAAAAAUUAUAGACGCGGCGUGGCUUCUUUUUUUUCCUUUUCUAAUGGACUCUUCGCCGCGAUCGCGACUGAAUCAUCGUGCUAUUUACACAGUAACGAACUAUUUACACACGAACAAUCACCGAUUUUAUACCGACUAGGAUUAAUUAAUGUAUAGCGUCAGAUUGAUAACAUUUUAUUGUAUGUAAAUAUUGCGUAGCUCAAAGGAGUGAAUCGAUGCUUGGCGAGGGAGCGUGCACGCUUAUUUCUAAACGAGGAACGAAAUGAGAAUAAUAUAAGAUGUAAGUGAAAUAUGAGGGAACGGCAAGCCUGAAUAUCGAAUUACGUGGUGUAUAUAUAAGAAAAUUUUUCCAAUGCACACCGGAAGCAAGCCUGCACACUCCUCGGUGAUCGAGGAUGAACUCCGUUAUUGCGAUAGACGAUAUUCUAUAUGUCUCGAUUCAUAUAUAAAAAAAAAAAAAAAAAAAAGAAAGAAAGAAAGAAAAAAAAAAAACUUUGUACGAUAUGAAACGAUAGGAAAAGAGUACACGAAAAAGUGGUCGCGAUCGAUACGUAGGUGUUAAAGAACGUUAAACAUGUUUUGGAUACGCGCACGACGUGUGACAGUUUAGUAUGACAUUGUUAGUUGUGUCGCAAUGUUUCUUGCCUCUCUUUCUCUCCCGCCAUUGGAUACGCAGGAGGUGAGCAACUCUUUUCUAUUAUUGUCUCUAUCUCUGCUACUCGUUGUGUCACAGCACUGGUCCGAUCGACGGAUGAUCGUAGAGCAUGAGAUAUAUUUUUUCCCCAACCAACGAUACUUUCUUUUUUUGUCGCGUUCGAUAUAUAUAUAAUACCGCAAUGAUGGAAAUGGAAUUAUUAAAGAUAUAGAGAAUUUUUAUGAGACGCGAUAAAAAUUUAUCUUUGAUUCGGUUGAUUUGUUUAAAGUUGUUUAAACGUUGUUAUAUCUGUUGUUAUAUACAUAUAUAUAUAUUUUAAACGAAUAAUAUAUAUUAUAGAGAAGUUUAUCAAAAGAGAGGUGUUUCCAUUUCCAUCGGUGUUGUUUCACUGUUAUUAAUUGAAAAGGAUAAAAAAGAAAAAGAAGUAAUUCUUGUUGCGCAAGUAUGAUGUGAUUACAAUCAUUUUUUCAAUCCUUUGUUAUCCCUUUUUUGCGAACUGAAUUUUCUAAUUAAUUAUCACUUCAUUUUGCCUGUUUACAGCUUGGAUGUCUCGUUUUUCAAGAUUUAUUCAAAUAAAAAUGUGCAAACUGUUGUUAUAUUAAAUUAUUUGAGUUGAAAAGAUCGCACGAAUAAUUAUAAGAAACAUACUGUCUACAUAUUUUGCUUGAUCCUUUACACUCUUUCUUUCUCAUCUUAUCCACAGCUUUUAUUCAAAUAAUAUUAUUAAUCGAUGUCGCAUGCAUGUGUUUAAACGGAUUAUUUCUUUAUCUCGACAAUGUCAGCUUCGUGCCAUGACGCGUCGUACAAAUCGAUCUUUCAAUCUGAAUCAAAAUUUUCCUUCUAUCGUACCGAGUCACACUUCAACUCUCGAUCGGUAUUUUUAAUAAUAGCGACUCCAUUUAUUAAUCGAUCCUAUAACCCUAAAAUAAUUGGACGAUGAUCGACUGCCAUGUCUUUAACCCUUUACGUAUUGAUGCGUUCGGUAAUGGUUCAACGUAAAUCAUUGAUUCUUUAACUCCGCAAUUGAUCCAAUAGAACGUACCUCUCUCUUCGAAAGAAGAUCGAGAAAAAGAUCGCAUAAAGAUUUCCAUUAAACGAUAAUUCCCUUUACUUCUCUCUUCACAUUUGAAUAAUACCAAUAAUUACCAACAAUAUAUAUAUAUAUAAAAUUCAAUAUAAAUUCUAACUCGACGCGUUCCACAUCGAUAUGGAAAGUUGACGCAUUUCAACCAAGUAUAAUCUCAUCUAAAAAAAAAAAGAAAAAGAAAAAAUUUGACACCGCGAACGUUUGCACGCGUCAUCGCAUAUGGCUGACGACGCCUUCCGCGAAGGAAGCAAGGAUAAAGAGGAUGCAGCGUGGUUUGCUGGAACUUUCCAGAAAUCCGUGUGCUCCGAGAUGGCGAGCGAGCUGCGUUACGCGCUGGACUGCGGGAACGGGACGAAAAAGCCCGCGAAGAAGACGCUGUGCCGCCGCGAGAGGCAGCAAUCGAACCUGUCUAUCGUGUCCGAGGAGGGGAAAUAUCCGGCGUGCAACAAGUACAGACACUUCGUCGGUAAAGCGCCGUUAACUUGAAGGCUGGAUCACGAGGAGGAGGAGAGGAUCGAGUUAAUUUUCGAGUCGCGGAUUCGAUGACGAACGAUGCGAAAGCGAUCGAUGGGGUGCAACAAGGGAAGGCAACGAGGCGUGAAUCGAAAGUCUAGCGCGACGUGGAAACCAUCCACCUUUACCGGUUCCUUUAUCUAUUUCUCUUUCGAUAACGUGUGCACGCGUGGUACAAGACUGGCUUUCUCUUCUCCAUUUUUCCUUUUUUCUUUUUUUCUUUCUUUCUUCUCUUUCUCUCUAUCUCUCUCUCUCUUCUUUGUCUUUGCAAGUGACGCGAACGAACGAACGAACGAGCAUGGCAGUUCUUCGACUAAUACUUUAUAGAGUGUACAAUCGUUCAGUCGUUAAUUGGAGCUCGCUGGAAUUUAUCGUACCGUGCGGGAGACAACGGCGCGCGCUGUUUGAGCGGAAAGAUUAACGAGCAGCUUCGAGAUCCUUUGUCUUUCGUUGCGCCACUCGUGACAAGAGAGAGGGUGUCUCUUCUGGUGAACGGAAGAGGACGAGUACUACGCGGUGUAAACUCUCUCUCGUUUCGAAGUCGAAACGACGAUGAUUCCUCCGAUUCUUGUUUCUCCGAUUAUGGACGACCGAUUGUGACAAAGUAGAGGGAAAAAAGGGGGUGGGAGGAGGGUGGUAGGGAGGGAGAUUGUAAAUCGAGGAAUAUAGAAUUUUAUCGUGAAAGAUAAUUCGUUUCAUUUUGAUUGAACGGUAUUUAAACGCUUAUUUUUGCGUUAAUCUCGAUCGUUUUAUUCGUAAUUUAUCGUUCCAGUCUUAAUUCAUUCAAGAAUUGAAAUAUUCGCGCAACGAAUAUUUCCACGUUCCAUUGAACGAAUCCCGUUCAACUGCUUUCGGGAUUCGAAAACAUUUCAUUUCAAAUAGAUUAAUAUAUAUAUAUAUAUAUAUUGGAAACGGGUAUGAGGCAGAGGAAAUGGCAUCGUUUGCUGGUAUCCUUGAUAAUUAUUUUCCACGCUCGCUCGCGCCGAUAAAUUCUAUUGUUGAAUAACAAUCCUUGUCAAAUAUAUAUUCCGUUCUAACACUUUGCUUAAAUUAUAUUACGAAGCACACAACAUGGGACAAUAUUUUUCCUUUUUUUUUUUUGUACUUCCUUCGUUUCUGCUCCAUGAAUUUAAUCCCCGCGAUCUCUCUAUUUAUUAUUUGUAAAAUAUAUAUUCCCAAAUAUAUUAAAGAUCGAUGUAAUCUAUCUUUACGCCAUUUAUUCCAUUAUUAUAUUGAAAAUUGUAAAGAUUGAAUCACGCGUCGAUAUCUUCCGCACGAUAUCGUGACAAAUUUAAUGAAUUUUUUGACGAAUGUGCGAGAAAGAUGGUAAAAAAGGGGACGAGGGGGAAAGACGAAUAGCGUGAGUUCGAUAUCGAUGCGACGCGAACAAAGGAACAUUAAAUCCAACCGAUUUCGUUGUUGUCGAAGUAUUUCGUUCAUUUUCAAAAAGAAAAUACAUCGAAGAAAUGAAAAAAGAGGAUUAACAAUUGUAUAAAUAUCUCUGUCUGUUAGAUGGCGAUGUUCGACAUGCACCCGUUUAAUGUAAAUAAUCACACUCAUCGUUAAAGAAUUAAACCAUCCACUCUAUGGGAUUGUAUCAUAGAAAGGGGAAAAUUUGUUCACAAAAAUACGUCUUCAUUUAAAUAUUCCGAUGCUGUAAGAUAAACGUGUCCAUGCGUGCGAGCGUCGUAGAUGUUUCAUCGAAUGUAGAUAGGAUAAGCGAUUUUACAUUUUUGUUUUAUGUACAGUUGAUCGUAGAAAAAAAAAUAUCCGGUUGAAUUUAUAUUUCUACUCGAAUUUCAAAGAUUAUACUAUAUUAUUUCGGAAUAAAGUCGCGUUUGGAUUAAGAUAAAGAUAUAAAGGGUUUUUAAUUUAGCAAAAAGACACGUCAAAUGUUUAACGUAACUGGACAUUUUUCGAUCAACUAAAAAACGUAUACCCUCGUUCGUUAUUCCGUGAGAUUUCGAAUUUCAGUAUCUCGUUAUCGCAGAAUUUCAUCGGUCUAUCCACAUCUCCGCAUAUUCAUUAAUUCCGUGCUCGGUAUUAAUCCUUUGAAAUCCGUACGUUAAUUAAAAAUCAUUAUCAUAUAUAAAUACUUCCCUGCAAAUAAAAUACGUAUAUUGAAACUAUGUGAUAAAAUCAGAAUAAAAGAAUAAAUUUUAUUUUUUUCAACACUUUACGAUCGAUGUGAGAUCCAAUGUUCGAAUAAUUCUUCCAAAUAAAAAAAAAAAAAAAAGAAAAAAAAAAUAAUUGAAAAUUGGAUUAAAUUUUCUCAUUCCUUCGAGUCGAGGCAAAUUUCAAUCGAUGGAUUCCGUGACGCAACAAUGUUCCUUUCUUAAGCGUCCAACGAUUCGAGGGAUUAAGCUGGUUAACGGAGUUAAUGGAAAGCCUGUUUGCAACUGGUACAUCGGCGUUCAUGAACGGACUGAGCAGUAUUAAUUUCCGUCUUCCGUCUCUCCUAAGGCGUAAACACGCGCGAAUAUCGUACAUGCACAGAUGCCAGACCAACCACUCCGAAAUGAUCAAUUUCCUGAUGCAGAUAGAUCAAUGAAACGAGAUUAGCGAUGAGAUUCGAAACGUUCGAUAAUAUACCUUCCACGUGGCACGCGAUUGUGCACCAUUUCUGAAACGCUAUGUACACAAUGACGAUGAAUCUUUUUUUUUAUUUCCCCCUCGAUUUUUUUAUUUUUCUCCUCCUUUCGUUCUUCCUUUUUUAUUUUUCUAUGUGUAUGUGUAAUGUCGACGUGUGUACACCGGAAUGGAAUCGUUUUUUAAAAUACAUACGUACAAAAAGGUUGCGAAAGAAACCCGCAUGAAACCGACACAUUCAUCACGCGCAUAUACACGAUAUCAAUCGCGUAUAAUAUACAUACGUAUUUGUAAAUAUUGUCUGUAUCGCGUUCAUUGCGUUCACGACGUAACGAAUUUGUUAAGAGCUAAUUGAUUAUAUACUUCUUACAUAAAAGUGUACUACGAGCAUAAUAUUGUACGUGAAUAAAAAUCAUCGUCUGUAAAUUCUCAA